AUGGCUGCACCGUCCAGCAAACCUACUUCGCAGGCGACCAAGUCGUCAACUCCGACCAGUAACGUGUCUGCCAGGCUAGAGAAAACCCAUCCUGGUGUCCGUCGGUCCACGCCUGACUCCGAGGCUCUGGCGUCCUCUGAUGACGAUGGAGAUCAUUCCCAGCAGAUCGCCGCAUCUACGAGCAUGCCAGCGCCCAAACCUGCGCGCCGUACAUCAUGGUUGAACGAAAUCCCUACUACCAUCACCAGAAAAGCAUCGUUGACCACUAGUGGUCCCUUGUCAUCUGGCGCCUCUAUUCCAAGCAGUCCUGCUACGGAUCAGUCCGGAUGGCCAAACACGAGUCCCGGGAUCGGUAGCUCUAUUGCCUGGAACCACGCAGGGAACAGUUCCUUUCCCUGGGGCACUGGUAUCUGGAAUACCGAGUCCCGGAAGGAGCCUCCGCCGCGACUGGCGGAAAUUGUUCCGUCCCCAACUAUGUCCUCUGCGAGCAACUAUCUAACGGAGGAUUUGAUGAGCCCCACGACUCGUACAACUACGGGCGAAUCGGCUAUUCCUUUCUCCAUCCCACUACAUCCAACUCCCAAAACCUAUCGUUCGCAGUCGUACUCGGUAGGUCAGUUGGACCCUGAGUUCUUGAGCUUCAUGGCGAACAAGUCCUCGGCAUCUUACUCUGGCGGUCGCCCCCGAAAUGGCGGCCAGUUCUCCGCUUUACAGCACCGGUCGUCCCGGCCUAGCCUUCUUGGUGAGCUGGGUCACGAUCCCGCGACACUUGGGCGUGUGCGUGAGGAUGAUGACGAUGAUGCUGGAAGCCCCGACGGGUCGGACGGUAGUCUGAGCAAUUAUGCAGCCAACCAAGCCCGGACCAUCGAACAGCUUUCAAGGGAAAAUGCUCUCUUGCGCCAAGCAGCAGGACAGAUGGACAACAGCAUGAGGGAUCGUGCCAUGUCGUCGGCAUCUGCAGCUAGUGGAUAUGCGAUUGGCAGCGGUCUUCAUAACUUGCAUCGCAUUCGUGGCAGUGUCCCAGAGGAAACAGACCUAGCGGUGGAGGAUCUUGACGAGGUUGGCGAUAUCCCUGGCUACAAUAACAUCCAUAGCAGCACCCGACGAAGAAUGUCCGAGCAUUCAGCAAACCUGGAGAAGCAGUUUGCUCCGAUGACAUCACUUGAGAACCGCGCCCUGGAGAACGUCCGCAAGGCUCACUGGCAGACUUCCCUCGGCUUUGGUAGCAUGACGGAUAUUCCUCAGAGCCGGCGCCACUCUUUCGCGGACAUUCCUAUCCGACACGCUUCCGUGUCCGGAGAAUCACAGGCGGCCGCUAGUUCUAGGGCGGGGAUGGGUGAUAGAGAAGAGGAAUAUGCAAACCUCGCCGACGGCCCUCUUUCUACUAUACAAGGCCAGAAUCGUGAGUAUCCACGCCUUCAUGUGGCCCCUCGUCCUGAGGAACAUGAAAUGGAAUCGGAAUAUUUACGAGCUCGUCGAUUUGCAGAAGCCUAUUUUGCUCGUGAUCCAGCUCUCCGCGCCGCCGACGGCCCCUCUCCGGUCGCUACAUCCCUCCACCAAGCGUAUACGAUGCCAAACGCCUACGGCCGUCACCAGCCUGGCCUCGCGCAUCCGCACCAGAACCAGCUAUUGUAUAUUGUGACGUUUAAAUGCCACCGGGCGGAUGUCUUCUAUAUCCAGGAAGACACUGGCCUCCAGGUGAAACCCGGUGAUCUCGUCAUCGUCGAAGCGGAUCGUGGUACGGACCUCGGCACUAUACAGCAUGCUAACGUGUCUAUGCAAAGAGCUCGGGAGUUGAAACAACAGUAUGCUGAGGAGCACUACAAGUGGUUAAUGAUGUUCUCCCGGCAGGGUCAGAAUGGUGCGGCCAAUGUAGUGAAUGCGUCCGGGGGUGUACCGGGCCUGAACAACCGGAGCGCCAUUGGCGGUAUGGGCCCGCAUGGCCCGCAUGGGAUGCAGGACUCUGCUGCAGACAUCAAGCCUAAAUUGAUCAAGAGACUCGCUCAGAACCAUGAGAUAUUAACAUUGCGCGACAAGGAAGGAAAUGAAGCCAAGGCUAAGCGGGUCUGUCAGCAAAAGGUUUCAGAGCAUCGACUCAAUAUGGAGAUUCUUGAUGCUGAGUUCCAGAUGGACUGGAAGAAGCUCACCUUCUAUUAUUUUGCGGAUUCCUAUAUCAAUUUCAACUCGCUUGUGACCGAUCUCUUCAAGAUCUACAAAACCAGGAUCUGGAUGUCAGCUAUCAAUCCAGCGUCGUUCGUCACGCCUCCCAGUGCCGGCCUGUCAGCUCCGAAUCCUUUGGCCUACAGCCACGAUGCGCAAGUAGAUCGCCCACUUGAUAACAGGAUCUACGGUCAUGCUCGUGAGGGCAUGGAUACUGGACGAGAUGUUGGCGCCAACCAGUUGGGCAUGUUGCGCAAUGCUUAUGCGGAUUCCUAUCAAACCUUUGGCCAAGCCUCUCGGCAGCCCGAGUCUGGACUAGGCGGGCUUGCUUCCGCGGACCCCUUUUCUCCAUACUCGCCGACUGGCUAUGGUCCCUUAGACUCGGGAUACGUGGACUAUGGCGCAGGUACGGGCACCAGCGCUGGGCCUUCCCGCCUGCACCCUGCUCCGACUGAGUGGGUGGGCCGUUUCCAGGGGCUGUCGCUUAACUCUUGA